GUUUACCUCUCAGCUUCUCAAGAACUGUUCUUCCGGUCGUGUCGCAUCAUCGAAACCCCGAAAAGCUCCGCCGCAAACCUACCCCUCCUUCCGCCACCAGAAUGACGCCGCCGUGUCAAAGCUUCAAAGCAAAGGCUCUGCCGCAGCACGUGCAAGUCGGCCCCGAUCACCGUGUUCGCAAGACGGAGAACGGUCGGCGGAUCGAUCUGCUCCGGGAUUGCGAGCUCUUCGGGCUGUUGCAGUACGACUGUCAGGUGCGCGAUCCGGAGUUGCGGGAGAGCCAGAUUGAGUGUUGGCCGGUUCAGCGCUUGUUUCGCAGAUGCCAGGACAAAAAUGGGCCUUUUACGGUUGAGACAACGACUUGGGAGGGCACCGCGGCAGCAGCAGCAGCAGCAGCAGCGUCAUCAUCGUCAUCAUCGUUAGCCAAAGCGACAUCGGCCACCAGCAACAAAAGUUCAUUAGCCGAGCAGGUCGAUCAUCGCACAUGGGGCAGAGAGGACGACAAGGAGGAUAGAUGGUGGAACAGAAAGUGAUCUCUUAUAUCAUGAUACCCAUCCUUUCAUUAUUAGUCUUAUAUGUCCAACGAGGAGGCUCCUGUUCUCGAGCUGAUUCCGUUCGUUAUCGACAAUGGCAUUACAUCAUCCGUCAUGUCCUCCCGUCUAUAAACUAGCCGACCACCAUUUCGGCGUCCCCCUUUAAACCGUUUUAUCACAAGGCGGGCAAGGGAAAGUAAGAAAUACGUGUCGGUCGGCCUGACUCGAUUUGCUGGUCUUGUCUAUCCGUCUUCAUAUGUAGAUAUACAACAGGCGAUGAUUCCUUCCCCUCUUCCUCAGGUAUCGCUCCAAGCAUUGCGUGUCUUCAUCUACGCGAUCGGUCGAAGUCGUCGUCGUUCUCCAUCAUCGUCCGCCCAGUGCCGUGGAUCGAUUUAGGCGCCGAUGCGGGCAGCGCGCUCCUCCUCGAGCUUCUUGUAGUAGGCGU